AUGUAUACCAACGCACUUGUCGAUCUCAAUCACGAGGUGCAAGGCCAGCUCUGGGUCGACAAGGUGAACGAAACCUACAGAGCAGGUCAUCUCUGCCGCUGGGUGUCGAGUUUUCAUCCCGAACAGCUUCCCUGUCAACUGGAUGGCACCUUUCACCAUGGCGCGUACAAUGCCGGCAUCAAGAUGGUCUUCGGUGACGGCACUGCCUGGAUAGUCCGUUUUCCUCGAGUAAGAAAAGUCUGCGACGACUUCAUCGACGAGAAGGUUGCCAUGGAGGUUACGGCGCUGAACCUCUACCACAAUAGCACUACGAUCCCGGUGCCGAAAGUUCACGCGUGGGGGCCCGCUACCAGCAACCCGCUCGGUCUCGGCCCGUUCAUCAUCAUGGACUUCAUUCACGGCGUGAGCCUUAGCCACCUUCUCCAAGCCCCUAACGCCUUGUGCCCCACCAGAAUCAUCUAUAGGCAACUGGCGAAUUCCAUGCUCCAGCUUUUCGAACUCGAUUUUUUUGACCAGAUAGGCAGUUUGCCGUCGCCGCAGGCUGACACCCAAAGUCAUACACUGCUACGACCGCUAACCUUCAAGGCACAUAGUAUUCUGCAAAAUGGAGGGGUCAACACGUUCGGCGACCGAACCCAGGGGUUUGCGACAACGACGGAGUAUUUUCAAUACGUCGCCGACCAAGACUGGGAACAGCUCAUCCACCAGCCAAACUCAACUGUUGGCUUCUACGAUGCGAAAAACAAAUACCUGGCGUUCAAGGUUCUACGAGCACUGAUACCUGACUUGGUCAAUGCGAAGUAUGACCGCUGCAAGUUCGAGCUGAUUUGCGACGAUCUUGGUCUGGCGAAUCUGAUCGUCCGUGGCAGUAAAGACUUGACUGUUGUCGGUGUAAUCGACCUCGAGGGGUCGUACAUUGGACCCGCGCAGCUGUUCGGCUCGGCGCCGUGGUGGCUUCUCCAAGACAGGCCCGUCAACAGCUCAUGGGAUUUCACCGGUGACGAGCCGCCCGAAAUCGCCACCCGCUACUUCAGAUGCCUAGACAUCUUUAUAGACGUAUUGGAGGAAGAGGAAGCGAAAAUGCCAGGGCAUGAUGAGCGAGAGCUUUCCAGUCUGGUAAAGUGGUCGCGCGCCUCUGGGGCCAUGUGGCUGCACAUGCUCCUCUCUUCUGGUUUCAAUGACCAUCGCUCAUCUCCUUUCACCCAACUGCGCCGCCAUCUAGGACCCACGGAAUGGGCGAGGCGCGAGAGAGAAUCCGACAACGCGGAAGAGCUCGAGGCCUUCGCGACCCGGAAGGUGCGGGAUCUAGACCAGUAUGAUGAAGCCUUGGAGGCCAUGGAAAAGAGCAAGACACUCGUCGACGACGGUAGAAUGACAAGGCACGAGUUGCUGAGCCACGGAUCUUCUCGUCCGGUGAACAGCAACCCAUAAGUCUCGGAUAAAGAUCGUAAUUAGACCGAUGGGUCAGUACAGUACAGUACAUGCUCCAUUUGAGAGGCAUGUUUGAACAGGUUUCUGUACCGAUUGCCGGAGGUGCUCAACACCAAAACCCCUGAUGUCGUCGGGAUAUGGUGCCGGCACUCAAUCUGAACCCGUAUAUCCGAAGAUAGACGAGGAGAAUUCAAUGCCGGCCGGGACGGACGGGCCCAGGGGAUUGACGGACGGCUAGGGCGGCCGCGGGUUCGAAGAAUCUGCCAGAUUCGGCAGUACGCUCCGGGGAUUACCCUGGAAAUCCGAAUGCCGCGGUCGUUCUUGUUCGAGGGUUGCCGAAGAGCAAUGCAUGAAACGAAUGACUGCAGCGGAGCGAUACCUUAAGUUCCUG